AAACCCUUUAUUCUCUACGACUCUGCACAUCAUGCACAAACUCAAAACCCAAAUGUCAAUCAAACACCAGAUUCAGAUUCAAUUCAUACAUUUGACUUUUGGGUCUGCCUACUCCCUCCAACAACUCUGUUUAUCCAACUCAUCACACCACCAAACAAACCAUUCACAAAACCCUACUCCUUUCAUCAAAAUCCCUGCUUUAUUAUCCAAGAUUUAGCAUUGAUCUCAUGCCAAUCAGACCCAUAUUUUAGAUAAUCCAUUGAUAAUUACAAAUGGGUUGGAAAAACCCAUUUAAAGAAAUGAUGAACUCCAAGCCAUUGUUCUUGACCAUGUACGGUACUGUCUUGGUUGGGAUUGUGAUCUCUGCUGUUUAUGUGUUCUCUGCUGUUUACUCUCCUGAUUGGGCCAUUUCUUGGAACAUUUCUCAACAUGUGACGCCGUCUUCGCCAAAUCAAACACUCGAGUCGCCUUCACUAAGAGUGGGUGGUGGUGUAAUGUCACCGGCGCCUCGACCCGAAAUAGGGAAAUUAAAACCUAUUUGGGAAGCACCCCCACCGGGUUCAAAGAUGCCCCCGUUGGAGACAUUUCGGUUAACGAAAGAAUUGGUUCAAGAAAGGGUGAAGGAUAAUGUUGUAGUAGCAACGUUCGGUAACUAUGCUUUCCUGGAUUUUAUCCUCACAUGGGUCAAGCACUUGACAGAUUUGGGCGUCGAGAAUCUUCUUGUUGGUGCAAUGGACACGAAACUACUGGAGGCGUUGUAUUGGAAGGGGGUACCGGUUUUUGAUAUGGGAAGUCAUAUGAGUACGAUAGAUGUCGGAUGGGGGUCACCGACUUUUCAUAAAAUGGGACGGGAAAAAGUCGUUCUCAUUGAUUCGAUGCUACCGUUCGGUUUUGAGUUACUCAUGUGUGAUACUGAUAUGGUUUGGUUGAAGAACCCGCUCCCGUAUCUUGCGCGUUAUCCCGAAGCAGACGUAUUAACCUCAACCGAUCAAGUUACACCGACAGUAACUGACGACCGGUUAGACAACUGGAAAGAAGUUGGCGGGGCAUACAAUAUCGGUAUUUUCCAUUGGCGACCGACGGAUUCGGCUAAAAAGUUGGCGAAAGAAUGGAAAGAAAUGCUUUUAGCUGAUGACAACGUAUGGGACCAAAACGGUUUUAACGAUCUUGUGCAUAAGCAACUGGGCCCGCCUGUUGAUGAUGAAAGCGGACUUGUUUAUGCUUAUGAUGGAACGCUAAAGUUUGGGCUUCUGCCUGCUAGUAUAUUUUGUAGCGGACAUACGUAUUUUGUUCAGGCCAUGUAUCAACAACUAAGAUUGGAGCCAUAUGCUGUACAUACCACAUUUCAAUACGCAGGAACCGAAGGAAAACGUCACCGGUUACGUGAAGCUAUGGCUUUCUAUGAUCCACCAGAAUAUUAUGAUUCACCAGGAGGAUUCUUGACAUUCAAGCCAUCUAUUCCGAAAAGCUUAUUACUCGACGGGGAACAUAAUCUUCAGACACAUUUCACUCUUGUUAAUUAUCAAAUGAAGCAAAUAAGGACCGCUCUCGCCAUAGCGUCAAUUUUAAACCGCACAUUGGUUAUGCCUCCAGUGUGGUGUAGGUUGGAUAGAUUAUGGUUUUCACAUCCCGGAGUUAUCGUAGGGUCGAUGACACGACAACCGUUCAUCUGUCCUCUGGAUCACGUAUUUGAGGUGCAUACGAUGUUAAAGGGAUUGCCCGUUGAGGAAUUCGGGCCAGGAAUCAAUAUACGAGAGUAUUCUUUCUUCGACAAUCCGUUAAUGCCUGCACAGGUUAAGGAUUCAUGGCUUGAUGUGCAAUUAUGUCAAGGAGGGUCCGAAAAUUGCCAAACAAACGUUACAAACACGCGUGGAGUACUCAGAUUUCCGAAGAACAGCAAUGAAGAAACGCUGAAAAAGGUAUUAUCCCCGUUGAAGGAUGUCAAAGUCAUCCAAUUUUCAUCGAUGCAAGAUGCCUUCUUAGGGUUCGCUGAUAAGACGAGGGAAGAAAAAUUCAGGAAUCGAGUGAAGCGGUAUGUUGGAAUAUGGUGUUGCGUUGACGGUCAUGAUCCGGGUCACAUAUAUUACGACAUGUAUUGGGAUGAAAAACCCGAUUGGAAGCCUCUACCUCCCCAAACACGAGAAGAUGAUCAACCCCCUUGGUGAUUAAUUGCACGGAUGUUACAUCGACGGCUGAGAUUUUUUAUUUAUGAGAUUAUUUGACACUAAUCGAGUGGCUUAAAUCGACAGGCGUUGUGAUCCGUGUUCAGUUUCGUGUAUAGUCAGAUGGAAGGGUGAUCAAUGUUACAGUGACUUGUAGAUUGAAAGUUGUAUUUUAUUGUGGGCUGAAAAGGGACCCUUUAUAGACAAAAAUGACAUUUGAGUUUGAUUUAUUUUCUUGUAAAUGGGUCACAUUUUACUUCAUUUUAGACCCACUACUUAGGUUUAUAGGAGGCCCAUUAUCUUUUUUAUAUCAACAAUAUCUAAAUUGCUAA